AUGUUGCACGCGCAAUCAGCAGCCUCCAAUGGACUUAACCAGGGUUUCCCCGUGUCACUUGAAAUGCAAUUUCUCGGAAGUGAUUCCACCCGCAAAAGCGCAACUGGUAAUCUCUGCACCCCGGGUACCUAUAUUGAAAUGAAUGGCAAAGCCGUUUAUGACCAUUGCAUCAAUUCGACCUCCCCCAACUUUGCUCCAUCAGAAUGGGUGGAAGCCGAAGCAGUCGUACUUGGCGAUUCGGUGAUCUAUCACCUGGUCAACAAAGACACAGUGUUGUCCUACUUCCAUCCAAAGAUUGGAGGUGGUUUUAUCAGCGUUGGCCAGGGCUGGGCCAAUUUUGGAUUCGGUGCCGAUUCUACUCAAUGGAUGUCAAGACAGGAUCAACGCCUGGCAAGCGGUUUUAUCGCAUUGCAAGCCGAAAGUCACCCGGUAGAAUUUAAAGAUAUAGAGUUGCUAAAUCUCGAAGGCUGCAUGGACCCGGCCGCAACCAAUUAUAAAUCCUAUUUCAUAAAAGCGGACAAUAGUAAAUGCAUUUACAAGUAG